AGUUGCACAACGUUCGACGAGUUAACGUAUUCGACAUCUAACUGGUUUGGAAAAUAUUUAGUGUCGUCAUACAUCGAAGCUUGGAGUAGCAUGAAACCCUUCCGCAAUUCAUUAUUCGUGUUGGGUGUGCUCAUACUGCUAGGGUCAGUGUCCAGAGCCCAAAUUGGAUUUCCCGAUGACAAGAAUGGCAAUGGCGGAGGAGCCGGUGGAGGUGUUUUAACAAGGCAAAUAGCGACAAAUGUAAGCUCAGGCGUUAUAUCUGGAAUUUUAACUGGUGCUGUUCCGUUGCAAACUGGAAUCGUUCCACCACUUGUCACGAAUGGGACCGGCCAAACUUGUGUUUGUAUUCCGACAGGACGAUGUACCAGCACUCCACCUUCGAAUGAUGGAUCCGGAAUGAUCGAUGUGCGAAUUGUAACGUCCCAAACUAGCAGUCCGAUUGGCCCUACGCCCAAUAUCGUAACACCAAGUACAUGUGCUUCAGGACUAGAGCGCUGCUGCUAUGCAGGGCCCUAUCAAUGUGGGCUUCAAUAUCCACCGGUGGCCGCUGCAAAGGCACCCGGACCUGGGCAAGCCUCGUACGGCGAGUACCCGUGGCAAGCGGUAUUACUUGGACCUGGUGACAUCUAUGCAGGAUCAGGUGCCUUAGUUAAUGCGUUGAAUAUCAUAACGGCAGCGCAUCGUAUAACUGAAUAUGUGAGCGGCUCAAAAGUACUAAAAAUUCGUUUAGGAGAAUGGGAUGCAUCAUCAGCAUCGGAACCGAUUCCAGCACAAGAGUACACCGUUACCAAAUUCUUUGUCCAUCCCAGCUACAAUUCGAUAAACCUUCAAAACGACAUAGCCAUACUACGACUCUCAUCAGCUGUACCAUUAGGGACAACACCUACGAUAACUACAGCGUGCCUUCCUGCUACAUCGUUUGUCGGGACGACUUGUUGGGUUUCUGGAUGGGGGAAGAACGAUUUUGUCAGCGGUUCAUAUCAGGCCAUUCAGAAGGAAGUCGACGUUGCUGUAAAAUCAUCCGCUGAUUGUCAAACCGCGCUUCGGACAACAAGGCUGGGAUCGACGUUUGUGCUGGAUUCGACCAGCUUUGUAUGCGCUGGUGGUGAAGCCGGUAAAGAUGCCUGCACCGGGGAUGGAGGCUCUCCGUUAGUAUGCUCGUUGGGUGGACGUUUCUUUGUUGUGGGAUUAGUUGCAUGGGGUAUCGGAUGUGGCACUUCAAAUAUACCAGGAGUUUAUGUGAACGUAGCAUCUUAUGUGCCAUGGAUUACUAGUACUUUAAACUCGCCUUAAAUAUAUUUUUUUAAAUGUUAUGUGUGAUUCGACAUGUUGGAUGUUUUAUUCUACCAUGAGCAUUCCGGAAGCAACUAAAUAACGAACAGAA